CAAGAAGCAAACAACUAAGCCCCAAAGAAAGGUAAUUGGCAGUUUAGCAAGGCGCUAGAUAUCAGCAGGGUUGGGUUCGGAGAAUACGGAGCAGUCAUAUUCUGUCGCAAGGGGCCGCCACGUACGUUUUGACUCCAGUUGGCCCGAGUCGCUGCUUCGGACAGGUAAUCAGGGGUCAGACCGACCCAGACGCGGAGAUGUGCUCGUCCCUCUCAGCCGAGAGCCACGCUCUUCCUUCCUUCUUCCUCUUUAGGGCGUUGUUCACGACAUCGACGGGAAGGGAGGGAAAGUUAAGGAAGCAAAGGAAAGUGCAGACGGAGACCAGACCACGCGGACAGACCAGAGAGAGAGAGAGAGAGAGAGAGAGAGAGAAGAGGUAGGGGGAGGCAGCAGAGAGGAGAGGCAGAGGAAAAGGAGGUGCUCUGACGAGAGGAGAGGAGAGGAGAGGAGAGGAGAGGAGGAAGAGAGCUGCAGAGGCAGGCAGGGCUGUCUGCAGGGUGCCUUGUGAUUGGUCUGGUCUGGUCUGUGGCAGGUGGAUCAGUGAGUUUGUGGAGCGAUCGAUUGAUCGAUCUAGUGGUUCAUCGAUAGAGCCGCGUCGUCGGGCGGUGGAUCACAUUGAUCGUUCGUGGGUCUCGUGCGGCACGAGGGGACUGUCCAGGACUGUGAAAGUGUGAGAUUCGUGUGCAAGUGUGAGAUUUCAGAUUUUUAUGAUUGCUUGAUGUGCUUAAGCAAAGCGUGCUGAUGGAGCGCGCGUUUCUGCGCUUGCUGCGGACUUCGGCCAUCCGGGCCUCCCGCUCCUCUCGUGCUCGCGUUCUUCAGCCCGCUGUGGUGAAGGGGUCACAACAAGGGGUGCGGCAUUAUAUCUCCAUUGCAGAUGGAACUCUUUCUGGAGCCGAGCCAAGGAGUAUUCGCUUUUCUUCCAGUCGACCAAUCUGGGAAGGAUGCAGAGGGUUUGCCUCAGAGGCAGGCCCAGGGGAAGUGGUGGUUCCAUUUAUGGGUGACUCAGUCCCAGAUGGCAACCUCGCAGCUAUUUUGAAACAGGCUGGCGAUUCAGUGGAUAUGGAUGAAGUCAUUGCACAGAUUGAGACUGACAAGGUUACAAUCGAUGUUCGUAGUCCUUUCGCCGGUACAAUUGAGCAGAUUGUAGCAAACGUUGGUGACACUGUUACACCUGGAACAAAAGUUGCCAUUGUAAAAGAAGGUGUCUCUUCGGGGAAAUCUACUGCACCAAAGAAACAAGAGGCCACUCCACCACCACCACCUCCUCCGGUAGCUGCUAAGACUACUCCUGCUGCGCCACCACCCCCUCCCGCGAAACCUGCAACUCCACCGCCGCCUCCUCCAAGGGCUUCCGGUGCAGGUCCAUCAGAGCCGCAGCUUCCUCCCAAGGGUGGAGAAAGAAGAGUUCCUAUGACGCGCUUAAGGAAACGUGUUGCGACUCGUUUGAAAGAUUCACAGAACACAUUUGCCCUGCUCACGACUUUCAACGAGAUUGAUAUGACGAAUUUGAUGGAUCUUCGAGCUCAAUAUAAGGAUGCGUUCCUGGAAAAGCAUGGUGUAAAACUUGGUUUCAUGUCUGGAUUUGUCAAGGCUGCAGUCAGCGCUCUACAUCAGCUCCCGGCUGUAAACGCUGUAAUCGAUGGGGAUGAUAUUAUCUACAGAGACUAUGUCGAUAUCAGUAUCGCAGUCGGAACUGAGAAGGGUCUUGUAGUACCUGUGAUUCGAGGUGCCGAUAAAAUGAAUUUUGCAGAGAUAGAGAAAACUAUCAACAUACUUGGAAAGAAAGCAAAUUCGGGAACAAUCUCGAUCGACGACAUGGCUGGCGGUACUUUCACUAUCUCGAAUGGUGGUGUAUAUGGAAGUCUCAUCAGUACUCCUAUUAUCAAUCCCCCACAGUCGGCAAUUCUCGGGAUGCACUCUAUCCAGAAACGACCUGUAGUUAUUGGAAAGGAGAUUGUGGCAAGGCCUAUGAUGUAUGUUGCUUUGACAUAUGAUCACCGUCUAAUUGAUGGAAGAGAAGCAGUGCUUUUUCUUCGCGCCAUCAAGGAUGCCGUGGAAGAUCCACGACGAUUGCUUCUAGACAUUUGAGGUGCUCCUUGGUUGCCGUUGCCUUGGGGAGGACACCAAAAAGGGUGUGGAGUACCUCAAGGUUUUCGAUUGCACAUUCGUGGAAUGGUAACUGGAGUUUGCGGUCUGCCUUCGGAUGUUUGAAAUUAUUUUUGGAUCUGUUAGAAGAAACUGGGCGAGAGUCGGAUUGCAUGGUUGUAUAGUGACGGAUCUCAACCUUCCACUUGAAUUGAUAUCAUUGUGGUUUCUGCGUGAUAGAACGUAUAGUUCUUCACCUUUUGCACACAACUAUCGGUUUCCAAGCCUCGUCUUUUGUCAAUUCAUUUGAUACGUUCUCUAUCCGUUUGCAAUCAAUGAGUCUCGGAUAAGGUAGACAUCGCUCCCAGUGCCUACCUUCCCGCAAAAUGUACAAUCCAAAAGAAAGCAAGGGUAAGAUGAGACAUGGCACGGUUGAUCUGGAAGUUCGGGAUUAAAAAACGCUCUUUGUGCUUCAGGUGCAAUUGAUGCUGAUAGAACUUAGUAUAUGGCUUGCAGGUGCUCCUCUCUGGUUUGGGAUCGUCGGAGAGCCAUCUGAUAAAUAUUAUUGAUUUGAAGCCUUGUAGUACAGGAAGCCAGUUCGAUGUAUUGUGCGUAGCAUCAAGGACUCCCUCCUCCAUUCUUGUUCAAUGCCUGUUCUGUGCUGUGUACUUCGUGUAGCCUUUUACAGAGUGUAUCAUGUAGCGUUUGCUGUAUAAUACGAUCGCGUGUUCAAGCUUCAAAUCUGCGCUUCGGCAAGUCUGCCGGAGUAGCCAUAUUUUUGAACAAUAUUAUCUGCAUAACAGCUUUAUGUAAUACCUCU